GCAGCCCGCGGGUGUUUUAAACAGUAGGCCGACUAAAAUUGGGCAGAGCCAAUUAUCUAGGGAACUUGGUCCAGCGCCGCAGCACAAACUUCUCCCUCGUCAUUGCUCAGUGGCUCGGGGCGUGUUUUUUCUACUGUGGGUGUUCCCAAGCAGGACGUAGGCGGCUACGCUGCCCUGCAUCAGUGAAUGAGGCUCCAACGGUUCGUGGGAAAGCUGUACAGAGGGAAUUGUAUAGGCACCAGUCAUCAGUCUACCUGGCCGCGCACCGAUCCACUGAGACGUUAGUAAAGACAUACUCUCGCCAUCACCAUGAAAAGGCCUUGUGAUGAUAGUACUUCUGACAGCGACAUGGAUGAAACUAUUGAUGUCGGCAGUGAGAAUAAUUAUUCUGGGCACAGCAAUGGAUCAUUUAUUAGAUGUGGCUCCCCAACAACAACAACCCAAGUUAUGGCAAGAAAAAAACGAAGAGGGAUCAUCGAGAAGAGACGGAGGGAUCGAAUCAAUAAUAGUUUAUCAGAGUUACGUCGACUUGUUCCAACUGCAUUUGAAAAACAAGGUUCUGCCAAAUUAGAGAAAGCCGAAAUAUUGCAGAUGACAGUGGAUCACCUAAAGAUGCUGCAGACCACUGGCGGUAAAGGGUAUUUUGAUGCCCAUUCCCUGGCUAUGGACUUCAUGAGCGUGGGCUUCAGGGAGUGUCUGACGGAGGUAGCCAGGUACCUGAGCUCUGUGGAGGGAUUAGACAGCAUUGACCCACUGCGCGUGCGCCUGGUCUCGCACCUCAGCACCUGCGCGUCUCAGAGGGAGGCAGCUGCCAUGACCUCAUCCAUGGCACACCACCAGCAGGUGCUCCCCCCUCACCACUGGGCCGCAGCCUUCCACCCCCUCCCCGCCGCCUUCCUCCAACAGAGUGGACUGCCCUCCUCAGACAGCGCCACCAGCAGACUGUCUGUGGAGGUGCCCCAGCGCGGCUCGGCCCUACUAACAGCCACCUUCGCCCACACUGACUCUUCUCACAGGGCGCCCUCUAAUGGCAGCGUGGCACCCUGUGUCCCCCCACUCUCCACCUCCCUCCUGUCGCUCUCGGCAACCGUUCACGCGGCGGCCGCUGCUGCCGCGGCCCAGACUUUCCCCCUGUCCUUUCCCGGAGGAUUCCCCAUCUUCACACCUCACAGUGUGAGCAGCACAGCGUCUAUGGUAGCUUCAGCUGUGUGCCCCUCCAUUUCCACCACAUCCACUUCACAGCAGAGCAGAGACCGAGAGGGCAGCAGCAAACCAUACAGACCUUGGGGAACAGAAGUGGGAGCCUUUUAAAGUGGCUGGAGGCCAUCCACACCAUACAGAUAAAGGGACAAUAUUGUUUUAUUAACUAUGGCUUUUUUUGUGUCCAUGGACUUUUAUUCCACCAGCUUAUUUCAUUUCUGGCUGUGUGCAAAUUCAGAGCACAUGCAUGCAAGCUCUCUCAUGAGAGAGAGAGAGAGAGAGAGAGAGAGAGAAUAAUUAGAUCCACUUAAAAUAUACUAAUGUUUCAUUUUUAUUAAAGAACAGCACUCAAAUUAGACAUCUCUAGACUCCAUUUUCCCCCUCUUCAGUGUCAGUUUGUUUUCAUAAUUGUCUUCACUGUCACUAUUGCUUUAGAGCACGUGUUUCCCCAACAUUGGCUUUUUUAUUCACGUUGUUAAUGAGCAAUAUUUUCAGAAUUUGAGAAAUGGAAACGAAAUCCAGCAGACGUUUUGUUUUGCUUCGAUCUCAACUCUUGGUGGAAAAUAGUGUGAUUAACAAUCACAAAGCAGUGUCUUUAGUUUGGAGUUGCUCCAAUCAAUCAGAUGAAGGACAUUGGAGGAAGAACCACAGGUUUUGGAUAUAAUAAGUCAACACAUGAAUCAAUGUAGUGUGUAUCUACUGAAAUCCAUGAACUAACACGUUUGUAAAUAUGUAUGAAUAUUAGAUGAACUGGAAGCUAUGUUGAAGAUGGAGGAAGACAUAUUUGGUAUGAUGCACUUCAAUUUGCUGCUGGAAACAUGACAGGAGCUUUUUUUCUUUAGACUGUACAAAAACAACACAUCACAUCCCAGUUCCAACUGGAGUUGAAUGAUACUAGUAUAACUUGUAUUUUUAUAUAACCGUUUCUUUGCAAACAGCCCUCUAUGGAUGUCACUGAUUAAACUUUUUUUUUUUAA